AUAGCGGCGACAGCGACGGUGGUGGCGGUGGCCGCCAUGUUGUGGUAGUUUGUUGUUCUCCUGCGGCGAGUACGUGCGGAGGGGCGGCGGGAGGGGGAGCCGCCGGGCGCUGAAUUCGAGCCCUUCCCCGUCCCUCCCGCUCUUCAUCGCUUCUGAGGGCGGCACGGGGUCGCUGCCGGGAGCUGACGCCGCCUGGACAAGGCGAAGAGCCAUGGCUGCCGCUCUGGGAGGAGGCGCAGAUGAUGACUUUGAUCAGUUUGACAAGCCUGGAGCAGAAAGGUCUUGGAGAAGAAGAGCUGGAGAUGAUGAUUGGGACAGUGAACUUGAUGAUGACUUGCUUGGAGAGGAUUUGUUAACUGGCAAAAAGAAUCAGUCUGACUUGUCAGACGAAGAGCUGAACGAUGAUCUUCUGCAGAGUGACAACGAAGAGGAACAAGAUUUUCGUUCUCAAGGUGUCACAGUUAGCCUGAAUGCUACAUCUGGCAUGCUUACAUCAUACGACCUCUCUGAGACCAUCAAUGAUCCAUCAAUAGAACAUGAGUCUGAAUAUGACCAAGGGGAAGAUGAAAUUGGUUAUGACAAAUCUGAAGCACCUGAAGUGUAUGCUUCAGAGUAUGCAGAGGAAGGACAUUAUGAAGGCAAUGAUCCUGAACUGACAGAAGACCAAAUAGAAUAUGGGGAAGAGCCUGGAGAAGAAGAUGAAGUGCUAGACCUUGAAAUCAAUGAACCCCUAGAUGAAUUUCCAGAUGAAGAUUACAUGCAAUCAUAUAAUGAGCAAGGAAUGGAAGAACAAGAGGAAUAUACAGCUGAUGAGGAGCUGGAAGAAUCUCAGCCAAUCACAAAUGAAUCAGAAGAGGCAGCUAUUGAAUCUCUGGAACUUCAAGAAGAAACUAAAGAAGAAUCUGAUGAAGAGGAGGAUGAUGAUGAAGAGUCUGGCCGAUUACGUUUCAAAACUGAACGGAAAGAAGGAACCAUAAUUAGGCUCUCAGAUGUGACAAGAGAGAGGAGGAACAUUCCAGAAACUUUGGAGCUUUCUGCAGAAGCGAAGGCAGCCUUACUUGAAUUUGAAGAGAGGGAAAGGCAGCUUAAACAGGGACGCUAUGGCUCAAGGAGAGGAGGGCGAAGAGGAGGCUCGGUUAUGUGCCAUGGAAUGGGAGAACAAAGGAGAGACAAUGAUAGGGGAAGAAUGAAGGAUCACAGGCCUGCGCUGCUGCCAACCCAGCCAUCAACAAUGACUCAUUCACAGAGGUUAAUUCCAACACACCAGCAACCUGUUAGGAGUCUGUUCCAGCAGCACCAACAGCAGCAGCAGCAGCAGCAGCAACAACAACAACAACAGCAGCAGCAACAGCAGCAGCAGCAGCAGCAACAGCAGCAGCAGCAACAGUUACAAUCUCUGCUUCCUUUGCAGCAUCAGCAUCAUUCUUCUCCUCCUCCAGGGCUACAUAUGCCCCCUCAGAUUGAAACACCUAGAAUAAUGAUGACUCCCCCUCCAGUGACACCUCAACAACCGAAGAACAUACACAUAAAUCCGCAUUUUAAGGGGACAGUAGUGACACCUGUACAAGUGCCCUUGCUGCCAGUUCCAGCCCAGCCAAGACCUGCUGUAGGACCCCAGAGAUUUCCUGGCCCUCCAGACUUCCAGCAGCAUACGCCUGGACCAGUCCCUACCAACUUCUCCCAAGCUCCAAGGCUGCCAAUCCAGGACCAGUGGAGAGGGCCACCACCGCCGCCACCACCACUUCCUCCUCCACCUCCUCAGGAAAGAGAUCCUUUCUUCUUAGCAGAUCCAAGGUUUCCAGGCCAUCCCUUGUUUGAGCAGCGAAGCCCCCCACCACCACCUCCUCCUCCGCUUCUGAACAGCGCACAUCCUGUCCCUGCCCAAAAUCCGAUGCCGUUUGCCCAGCCCGGGCCAGCGUUUCCUCAGCAGGGCCAGCAGCCUGUAUUUCCCCGAGAGCGGCCGGUUCGGCCCAACAUGCAGCCUCAAGGCCCUGUGGGGAUUCUCCACUUCAACCAGCCUGGCGCUGCAAAUCCGCGGCCCUUCAUCCCUCCGAGGCAGCAGUUCCUGCAGGCUCCAGGACAGCCCUUCCUGGCCGCACAUGCCCAGCCCACUAUGCAGGGUCCCUUGCAUCCUCCAUUACAGCCUCAGCCACAACCUCAGCCUCAGCAGCACCAUCACCAGCAGCAGCCACCCCACCACCAGCAGCAGCAGCAACACCAUCAUCAUCUCCAAGGACCACCACAGCCCUUGAUGCCCAUGAACCAGCCACAGUUCAGGCCUCAUAUGCAGGCCACACAGCAGCAGCCAAAUAACAACAGGAUGCAAUGUCAGCCACGACAGAGUCCAAUGAAGCCAAGGCAUAACACACCGUCGCAAAACAUUGUCAAGCGUCCAAAUCAGCAGCUACAGUCAACUGCUCCAAGGAAUAGUAACUUGCGUGAGUUGCCGAUAGCACCAUCACAUGCCCUGGAAAUGAGCAACAACAGGAGAACCUCUACUCCAGCCGCUCAGGUCAAGCCCAUUGCCAGCACCAUGUCUGCCACCAAGCCUGUGGCUGAUGGUGGAAACUCACAGGGAAGGCCUGAGAUGAAACCUAAAGCUAUCACCCCAGUUGGCCAAGCAAAAUCAGAAGUAAAAUCUGAAACAGAGUAUCCAGAUGAAGAUGAAGAAACUAGAUUGUAUCGUUUGAAGAUAGAAGAGCAGAAGCGUCUAAGAGAAGAAAUUCUGAAACAAAAGGAGCUGAGACGACAGCAGCAGGCUGGUGCUAGAAAGAGAGAACUGCUGGAGAGACUAGCGCAGCAGCAGCAGCAACCUACACAGCAGUCCUACAUGCAGCAGGAGGAUGACUCCUCUGAGUUCCCCACCAAUGGCAGCCCCUACAUACCCCACUCUGGCUUACAGACCAGGCAAAAUGUGAAAACCAGACUCCUUGUUAAAAAGCAAGAUACAGUCGUUCCAAAUAUCCAACCCAAACCCACUGAUUUCCCACAGGCCGGGGCAAAUAUGCAGUAUCAAGGACAGCAGCUGAAACCAGUGAAGCAGCUGAGGCAGACUAGAACAGUACCUCUGAGUCAGCCUCAGACACCACAGAAAGUCUUACAGACAAAGCCUGCUGCAGCAUCGCUGCCCACCCCACAGACUGCACGAGUGGCUUCAGUACAAGCAAGGCCCCAGGAGCUGAAGCCUGGCGUGAAAAGGACUGUCAUGCAGCGGACAAACAGUAAUAGUGGAGAUGGGCCCCAUGGCGGCAGCAAAGUCAGGGUGAUUAAGUUGUCAGGAGGGCAGGGGGGAGAGGAUGCUGGCUUUUUUCACCCAGAGGGCCAGCCCCAGCGGUCUCAACAACCCCCGGAGCCGAAACAGCAGCCAGUGCGGAAGGUCACAUUGACAAAGGGAAUGCAACAGCAGCAGCACCAACAGCAGGCACAGACCCAUUCACCAGCUCCUCAAGGAGUCAAAAACAUCCAGGGAAUCCAUCAACCUAAAAAGGUCAUUAUGCACGGCAGAGGCAGAGGAGUAGCAGGCCAGAUGGGCCGAGGACGCUUGAUGCCAAAUAAACAGAACCUGCGAGUGGUGGAGUGCAAACCUCAGCCCUGUAUUGUGUCAGUUGAAGGGCUUUCUUCAUCAACUACUGAUGUCCAACUGAAAAACCUGCUGAUGUCAGUGGGACCCAUUCAGAGUUUACAGAUGCUUCCCCAACAACGGAAAGCCAUAGCAAAAUUUAAGGAGCCAGCCCAUGCUUUAGCAUUUCAACAGAAAUUCCACAGGCACAUGAUAGAUCUGUCCCACAUAAACGUGGCACUGAUAGUUGAGUGAAGUCUGCUGAGAGGAACUCUGACACUGGCAGGAGUGUGCUUGAGGAGCUACGUGAGGCACAGUGGCAAAACCAUCGGAUUACGAAACCUUUCAUCGUAGGCUUUAAUUGCUGUGUUGAACUACGGAAGACAAGAAGAUGUCCUCCGGAAGAGCUGAACUUGAGAGGAUCUGCAAAGGUGGAAUUUCUGUUUGGUUUGUUCACAUUCUGUUGUAACCACAUGGAACUACAGACUUUUUUUUUUUUCCAAAUGCUUUCAGUGCAUGUAGACACUGUUCUUCAAGAUCCUACUGUGCGGCCACAGUGACUUGACAGAGAACGUUUACAUCAAAAGAUUUACAAACUCUUCAUAGCAAAGAAUAUUUGAUAAUGGUUGCUCUUAUCUUCAGUGCGAGGUAUUUGACUGAAAACUCACUUUUCUAAACAAAACCCCUUAGUUAUUUUGUAUCUCUGAGAGUACAGAAGGAAUUCUUGCAUAGAAUUCAGUGUGGUCUGCUUCUACUGACUAGCAGUAUGCUGAGAAGCUCUGGAGGUGACGCUGGGAAAUUGUAGUUUCAAUCUUUGUAAAUAAGUCUGUCUUUGCAUUUUUCUAUUCCAAGACAAGAUUCCAUCUUCUCCUUCCAACGCCACUUACUCCACAAAACCAUGUGUAGGAAGAACAUUACUGUGUUUUCCCUUGGCUUUUAAAAGUGAGGGCUUUUGCCCUUCAGUAGCACCAUGGGGUAGUGAACUCUUGAGUUGUGACUAGGUUGUUUUAAAUGACAUUGCCAGGUACAAGGAAAAAAGAAACAUUUGGUGGCUCACUUCAAAAACAUGACAUAGGAAGAGUGACACAUUGCUAAUAGUUCUUUUGGGCUAGUGUCUCACCAUUGCCUUAUGCUUUGAUUAGUUUAUUUUAUUUUGAAAUUUCUUUUGUAACUAAUGCUGAACCAUAAAAAAAACAACCUGUAACUGAAAGGACUUGGCUUGAUGUGUUGUUCCCAAUACAUACAGGACUGUAAGGAUGUGAUGAAUCUACCGGUGAACGUGGCAGUUCCCAAAAUUACCUGCAGACAUUAAGGAUCAUAUACCUUAUUCACAGUAAUAUCCAUAACAUUUCCUUUUGGUUAGAGCCAUCUAGAUGGUGUUGCCAAAGGAAGGAUUUAUUUUUUUUUCCCCAGUUAUUUCUGAAUAAACUUAUUAAAAUGUCAUCUUUAUAUUGGAUUCCAGUUUUUAUGAACAUUGCCUUAGUUUUUGGACUGUAAGCUUCUGCUUCAUCCUUUAUUUUAGGAAUAACCUUAAGCACUCCACCUACUAUUUAAAUGGGGGGAGUUGGAGAAACCUUAGAGGUUUGUUACCUGAGUUGACUGAGGAAGAACAUUGUUGGUAUGUAAUGAACCAGCUGCAAAUGGGGUCCAAAAUAGGCAUUCCAAGCAUGGAAGGGUGAACUAAGGGAGUUCAUAGUGCCGUAGAGAUCCUGGCGGGGAGGGGAUUUAUUUAUCUAUUUAUUUUUAAGAUUUAAUGUUAACCAAGUCACAAAGACCUAAUUGGCUUUCUU